AUGGGAAGUCUCCGCAAGUUGGAAAGACGGCUUGAUAAUCUGCGCGACGCGAUUUAUGGACACAGGUACACAUCUGCCCCCUCGAUCUGCAAAAGCUGCGAAUGUCUACUCGAGACUCUCAAAGACAAGUUCUUCUGCGAAUGGCAGCUGGCAAUGCUAGACCGCCCGAAUGUACUCUCAGGAGACAGCGAUACAUUCGCCAUAUCUGCCCGCCCUGCCUCUGACGACUUGCUUGACUUGUCAUCUUCAUCUGAUGAUAAUGAGGAUGGCGAAUCUGAGAAUGGCACUGAAGAUGAAGGGGAGCCCUGCGACUCAGAGGACUCACAUGAAGCUGAGCCAGCCAAAAAGAAACCGCGUUUGGAGUACCAUAUUCCAGAGGGAAGGAUGCUUCAAAAGUUGCAAAAGAAAGGCGUUACCCCAGAGCGGUAUCGUUUGAACAAGGCGGCAAGAAAGGCCAAAGCCGACGUAGAAGCCGAAAGGCCUCGGAUAUUGGAAAGACUGAGGAUCCAUAGCACUAUGGGCGUUUCCAUGCUACUACAGCCAAAGUCUGACCCUACUCUUGACCCUUAUCCUGUGAUCUUGCACCCGCUAGCUAGGUCUGCUCCCUCUGUCAAGGGAUCUGAUUCCGAAGUUCCUGCUUUCCCCUGGUACUAUGACCCCCCGCUUGCCCGCCUCAACGCCCCAGCAUCCCCGGCAUUUCUUCCCCAGGUUGUCCCUCCCGAUCCUCGUUUGUCUCCUCCGGUUCAUCCCCGAUCAGUAUCUCCGAUGUCUGACGAGGGUUUGGCCAUGUAUCAGUAG